AUGGCGCCUGGUAUGGCACCUCAGAGACGUCGAAGUUCGCUGUAUCAGCAACGACGUCUCUCUAUCCAGUACGAACAAAAUUCGUGGAGUGCACCUUCUUCCGGGACUGUAUAUGCAGGUCUUUCGGCAAACUUCUCUGACGAUGGCCUUGUGACCGUUGCUCUCGCCAUCCGGGACGUGACCUACCUCCUAGAUUUUGUACAGCAGGAGAUAAAACUCAAGAAGAAUGCGUCGUUCUGCGCGGAGAUCGGAGAUUUCAUUGUCGACCAAUUGCAGAAAUUCAGCGAAAGGCACAUGGAGAAGUUCAUUGGUUUAGCAAUGCCGGAAAGUGUGGCAGAUGCUUGUCCUAAUCUUUGUUCGCGCCUGUGGGCUGAACUCGAUGUACUUCCAUUGGUACUGCGCGAGGAAAGCAGAAGAGAGGGUGAUGAUAAAUUCGCUUUUGGUCUCCCCAGCAGCCAGGCCUGGAAGAUCCGGAGUCUCGACGAGCAGGCUGAAUCGAUGGGACGUAAAUGUGUGAGACUAUUUGGCCCAGACAAUCUUCCUUUGCUACAAGUUGGCUUUCUAGGCCUGGUUGAGGUUGAUACUGCCUUCCAUGUCCGUCUCACCAAUCUUGGUGACUUCCAAAAGACGGUAACCCCUAAGACAUGGAAUGCUGUUCAACACUAUGCGACAGAUCUCAAACAAAGGAAACUCAAAAUUGCCUUUUUCAGUGCCACCCCUCAAGGUGGCGGCGUGGCCUUGAUGAGACAUGCUCUGGUGAGAUUCUCCCAUUCGCUAGGUACCGAGAUUGCAUGGUAUGUGCCCAAACCACGACCGGGGAUCUUCCGUGUCACCAAAACAAAUCACAAUAUUUUGCAGGGCGUUUCACAGCCUGGAGAACGGUUGACCGAGGAGAAAUGGGGCCAGGUUGUAGAAUGGAUCCAUGAAAAUGCAAAGAGAUACUGGCUGGUUCCCGGGGGGCCUCUCGUUCACCCUUCGGAAGGAGGUGCCGACGUGAUAAUUAUCGAUGACCCGCAGAUGCCUGCAUUGAUCCCCAUUGCCAAAGAGAUAGCACCGGAUCGCCCGGUCAUUUUCCGAAGUCACAUCCAUAUCCGGACGGACUUAAUCUCCCAAUCAGGCACUCCGCAGGAAGAGGCGUGGAAUCGGAUGUGGGAAACCAUCAAAGCCGCAGACGUCUUCAUCAGUCAACCCGUCAGGGCGUUUGUUCCGCAUAAUGUGCCCCGGGAAAAAGUGGGCUACAUGCCGGCAUCAACGGACUGGCUGGAUGGUCUGAACAAAAACAUGCGAGACUGGGAUGUCGCCUAUUACGGCCGAGUUUUCAAUUCGACCUGCAGGAACUCGGGCAUGCCGACCAUUGACUAUCCGAAAGAAAAGUACAUCGCACAGAUCGCCCGGUUUGAUCCAUCCAAGGGAAUCCCUGAGGUGGUCGAAUCGUACGUCAAAUUUCAUGAGCGGUUUACGGCCUCGGUGAAAAAUCAGUCGCCACCUAAGCUGUUGAUUUGUGGACAUGGGUCAGUUGAUGACCCCGACGGCUCAGUGAUUUAUGAUGCGGUCGUAUCGCACAUCGAGGAGAACCUCGCCCAUCUCGCGGAUCAGAUUUGUGUCGUCCGGCUGGGAUCGUCGGACCAGCUGCUCAAUGCACUGCUGUCGAAGACCAAGGUGGCACUCCAGCUGUCCACUCAGGAAGGAUUCGAGGUGAAGGUUUCCGAGGCCAUUCACAAGGGAGUACCAGUCAUUGCCACCCGGGCCGGAGGCAUCCCCCUGCAGGUCGCUGACCAGGAGAACGGUUUCCUGGUGGACGUUGGGGACACCGACAGCGUGGCGCAACACCUUUAUGACCUGUGCACCGACGACAAAUUGUACCAGCGGAUGAGCCAGUUCGCGUUGAAGAACGUCUGCGACGAGGUUAGCACCGUGGGCAACACAUUGAACUGGCUCUACCUGGCAUCCACCCUCACCGGACCGAAGGGCCUAAAGCCAAACGGGCGGUGGAUCAAUGACCUGGCGCGCAACGAAGCCGGUCAACCCUACACCGAGGGAGAACCUAUGUUGAAGCGAGCGAUUGAUUUAGAGAAGAUGGGCUAA